AUGGCUAACCGCCUCAAUCAUUACAUCUCCUUCCAGAAUGGGAGCAGAGGAAGUGCAAUGGGGAAAAACAAAAGAGCACAUGUUGAAGAUUGCUCCUGGGAGGGCUUCAAUUUCCUGUUACUUCUGGCCUACCAUACGGGUGGCAAAGAAGAUCCCCAGUGGCAAGAGGAAGGAUUCAGGCAAAGAAAUGCAGGUUGUCCCCUGGAAAUCAGGCUGAGUGUCCCCAAGUGUGCCUCCAUCAACUUUUCUAAAAUUGGAAAAAUAAGAUCUACUUUACAGGAUGUUGUGAGGAUCCAUAAGAGGAAGAACAGGAAGGCACGGUUUGAGUCCCAGUUUGCCUGCCAUCAAACUUAUUCAAGCUAUGACAGACAUAGAGCUUCUCCUUGUGAGGCCGAACUUCAGGAAUUAAUGGAACAAAUUGACAUCAUGGUAAGCAACAAAAAAUUGGAUUGGGAAAGGAAAAUGCGGGCUUUGGAGACACGAUUAGAUCUUCGGGAUCAAGAGUUGGCAAAUGCACAAACUUGCUUGGAUCAGAAAGGUCAAGAGGUGGGGUUACUUAGACAGAAGUUGGACAGUCUGGAAAAAUGUAACUUAGCGAUGACGCAAAAUUAUGAAGGACAACUGCAAACCCUAAAAGCUCAAGCCAUGGAAGCAGGACUCUCAGAGGUGAAAAGUGAGUUACAGUCACGUGAUGAUCUCUUGAGAAUUAUAGAAAUGGAACGAUUGCAGCUGCACAGAGAAUUAUUAAAAAUAGGAGAGUGCCAAAAUACUCAAGAAAGUAAAAAAAGACUUGAAUCAUCUUAUUCACCUUCUACUAAAGAACCAGAAAGGAAAAGGAAAGAGCUGUUUUCAGUGACCCUAGAUCAACCAAAUCAUGAAAAAGAAUUGAACAAGAUAAGAAGCCAACUCUAUCAGGAGGAAGAGUACCAUGGCUCUGAGCAGGAAAGAAUGAGGAAUGAAAUCUCUGACCUAACAGAGGAGCUUCAUCAGAAGGAGAUCACUAUAGCAACUAUCAUGAAGAAAGCUGCCCUUCUGGAAAAACAGUUAAAAAUGGAGUUAGAAAUAAAAGAAAAAAUGUUAGCAAAACAACAGGUCUCAGAUAUGAGAUACAAAGCUGUCCGAACAGAAAACACACACCUGAAAGGAAUGAUGGGAGAUUUAGACCCCGGACGGUACAUGACAAGCGAAAUAACUGAUAUUAAGAGUAUGGACUUUGCUAACCGAGAACAUUCAAGGCAUACAUCUAUUAACAAACUGGAAUAUGAGAAUGAAAGGCUCCGAAAUGAUCUUGCAAAACUUCAUGCCAAUGGCAAAUCAGCAUGGGCUAACCAAAAUGCCUGUGAGGAAAUGGGACUGUACACCUAUCAAAACCAAAUAAAAAUGGAAAAACAUGAAGAUAGACGAGAGAGAAAUUUAAAUCCUUGGCUGCAUGAACAAGCCGUGUCUGGUAGCGGUAAACGAGGACCAUCCUUCUCUCCUCGACUUAGCCCAGAUCGUGAGCCAAACCGAAGUGUGACGCCUCCACUACCGCCUUUGCCAUUUCACACCAAAGAAAUGACAAGUCCCCUGGCUAGUGACGACCAAGUGUUCCCGCUGUAUUCCAUAGUAUGA